UGCUUGAGAAUCUUCUUGAUCGGAGUCGGCAACUACAAAGCUAUCCCACUCGAGGACCUUUACUCAAGCUCACUCAAACCUUCUCUUCAUGCAGACCUCCAUGCCAAAAUUACAAUGGCACUCAAUUGCGAAGCAGACAUGGACGCAGACAAGGAUGACCAGCAGCACACAGAACAUGCCGAAGAUGACAUGGACCAUAUGAAUGACAAAGGUUCCGAAGGAGAACUUGGCAUGAGCAACGAGGCUGAUGAUGAUGGUAACCUUGGAGGGGGAGAGCACAUGAUGGACAACGGAGAGGAGGAACAGAAUCAGGAUGAAGAAACCAUCCAGCAAGAACCUGAAGGCAACGAGGACAACAAUGCCGGUUCUGGAUUCAUCAAGGGAAAGAACGGCAAGCCUCCCAAGUUCACCUCCGCAAAAUUCUGGAAUUAUGUGGAUUGCUCGCUCGAAGCUGUCCGCCAAGCUGCGAGGGAAGAGGCAGGACCAGAUUAUGCAAAGUCAGCUCGCUGUGUAUAUGAAAACGCAGUACGAAACAUACUCAUUGAAUACUUUCAAAUGGACCUUGUCGAGUUUCCAGGGAGCAUGGUCGUUCCUAAGCUCCUGAAAACAACUAGUCCCCAGUGGCAGACGACUAUUCAGGACUCGUUGCUUUGGGGCUGA